UGAUCGAUAGUGUUUUAUAAGUCUGUUUUAUACUUGGAAUCCUUUGCGAGAGAUGGCACAAGUGAAGGCAAAAUGAGAGCAAUUCAACAAAUAUCUGAAAUUAUGAGGCUGGUAACUUUGUUAUUAUGCUUGAAUUUAAUCUCAAAUUGCUAUGGAGACCAGAAAGAAGAUACUGAUACAUACAUGAGCCGAUUUGUAGCAGAUUUGUGGAUAGAAGGAGCUGAUGUUGUUCGAAUUAUUUGGAGAGAUUGUUCUAAAAAGCUAGUCGAUGUAAAAGAUGUUAUCGACCACAAAGAAUACUUUCCGAAAUUCGUCAGAUGCAUGAAGCGCAAAACCUUGAGAGCUCUGGAUCGUUCUCUGACACCUGACAUCGUCCCAUUGGCUGAUGGAGUGAAUUUGGUACGUUUCGAGCUAGUAGACCGCUCGGGAAACAUCAUGCCUGAUAAUGAGACCAGUGCAUGGACAGAGAAAGAAUUAGAAGAAGGAGAAUGGCGUACCCUCGCUUUACAGCGCAUGGCAAAAGUUCUGCGCACACAUGUUAUAAAAUUUGACUUCGAUGACACGAAAACAAUCGAAAAAGUUGAGUAUCGCGGUCGUCGUCGGCACCAAAUGAUGACAAUGAUGAUGUUCGGCGUCGUCUCCAUCGGCAUGGUGGUCAUACCAAUGGGAUUCCAGUUCCUCGCUGUUCUUGGAGGCAAAGCGCUAUUGCUUGCUAAAAUGGCGCUUAUCCUGGCUUCUAUACAGGGACUUAAGAAGGUUGACAUUGGGUAUCAUGAUGGGUAUCAUGACAGGGGGAAGAUUGCUGCAAGUCCGGUGAGUUACGGAUUCUACAACUCAUAUCCUUACGAACAUCAUCCUUAUGAGAAACGUAGCAGUGACUCUUGGCCACCACCAGAUCUCAUGCCUGUCACGCCUCCGCCAGUGAUGCCAGCUACCACUUGGUCAAACAUGGAAACUGGUAACAUAAAAGUUGACAGAAUACAUAUUGCAAAGGAUAACGGAAAGAAUUCUCUCGAAGUAUCUACAGCUGGGAAUGUGAGAUUGAGGUCAGAACCUAGACUUUAUCCAGUAUACGUUGGUCCUCCAGAUACUUCUCCGCCAAUAUUCACUGCUAUAGAUGUUCCUACUCCUUUAGUCGACCUGACUACGAGACCUGGAGAAGUACAAGCGGAUUUUGCGAUUGAUCUCCCGUAUAAUGGGUUUCGCUUUCAAAAUCCCACUCCUGUCAUUUCAGCUUGAUGUUGUCAUACGUUUGUUUCAAUCACUGUAUAGUGUAGUCACUGGAAUUUUUUCUUAUAUAGCUCAAGUGCUAUAUCCUAAUAGACAUGUAUUUUAUGGUAAUUAUUUGUAUUAGUGUAAAAUGAAUAUUUGUUAAUGUACU